AUGUGUCUCCGACCUCUGCCGCGACGUGUCGCUGUUGUGUGAGGAGGGGGGAUGGCGUGUUUGACACCGAGCGCUCUUUGGUUUGGUGGUGCGACUUUGUUUCCGGAUGUUUAGCUUCGUGGUGUCAGGACAAGAAUGGCUGCGAUGUUUACGUGUUGUCUAAGCUGCUGCGGAGAUGGCGGCUCGGGGCAUAUUCCCCUCAAAGAAAUGCCCACCGUUCAGUUAGAUACCCAUCACAUGGGCACAGAUGUUGUCAUUGUAAAAAGUGGCCGGAGGAUAUGUGGCACUGGAGGCUGUCUGGCCAACGCUCCCCUGCACCAGAACAAAAGUUACUUUGAGUUUAAGAUCCAGUCCACUGGUGUGUGGGGAAUAGGUGUGGCCACGCAGAAAGUGAAUCUUAAUCAAGUGCCUUUGGGCAGAGACACAAACAGCCUAGUCCUGAGGCAUGAUGGGUCUGUGUACCACAAUAAUGAAGAGAAGAAUCGUCUACCUGCAAACAGCCUUCCCCAGGAGGGUGACAUUGUUGGCAUCACAUAUGACCACGUAGAGCUGAAUUUGUAUCUGAAUGGAAAGAACAUGCAUUGCCCUGCCUCAGGGAUCCGAGGCACUGUAUACCCAGUUGUUUAUGUGGAUGACAGUGCCAUCCUAGACUGCCAGUUCAGUGACUUCUAUCACACACCUCCACAAGGAUUUGAGAAGAUCCUCUUUGAACAACAAAUCUUCUAAAGGAGCACUUCAGCCUCAGCCCUUCUUUAUGUUAUCAUCUUCCUCUGUAUCUCAUAAUAACCUCUGUGGCACUACAGUUUGACCUUGAGUGAAUGUUUUCAUCAUGUGUGGCUUAAAUGCCUCUUGUUUUGUUUCCCCCGUUUACUGUCUCUCUAUUGCUGCUCUGGUUUGACAAUGGAGUAUCCUUGAAGAAAUGUUUUUUUUUUUUUUUUUUUUUUUGGAUCUUUGGUUGGCUGCGAUGGGCUGCUACAAUCUACCCUGAUAGAAAACUUAAAUCAUUACCUUGUAUCAGUGGUCAUCACCCUGUAUUAACUGAAACACUUUCAGUAGCUGCUUACAUCCCCAGUCUGUGUGUAGAUGCCAGGAUCUGAAGCCAUGUUUGAUUGACAUUAGCUUUAUAGUCAUGUUUUUCAACAUGUAACCUAAUCUAUCCUAAAUGCCAAACUGACAUCUCAUUACACACCCUGCAUUUAUUUGAAUCACAAUUCAAAGUGAUAUGUUUGUUUGGUUUGACUGUCAAGAGUUUGUGGACUAAUUGGGUGUCACUUGUUAGUACUGACUCUUCAUUUAACAAUAUCCUGUUUAUGAUGCCUUCUUUAUUUAAAAAUACAAUUUGAGUUGACUCGGAAAUUGUUUAAAAUACUAACUCCUGUAAAGCAGUGCACAUUCAAGGGGACAGCCUGACUUAUCUCUGAGGUGCUGGAAAAUAUUUCAUACAGUGAAAUAUAUCUUAAACGCCUGACACUAAUACGUAUUAACAUUGAUUCCUGUCUGAUCACUUCUAUGAACAGCCCUUUAGUUUUCCCACACUUUUCUCGUCUUGAAAUCUUUUUAUGGAGUAUUUAUUCUAAAUAUCAGAAUACUACCAGAGCUGGUGCUGGUCGUCUCUGAUUAGAGAUAUGUGGCUAAAAAUGUCAGUCUGUUGUGCUGUAUUGGCAUUGCAUAUCCGCUGCUGAAGUGUGGUAGUUAAAUAUUUCAAAUGCUUGUCUAUGUUUGCACUAAUGAUGUUAUUGUACAAGCAAAUCCAAAUAUUGUUGAUUCAUUAAACUUUUGUGUCUGGAGGCAUCCUCUUA